AUGCGCCUCGACGAGCUGAAUCGAACCAUACUAGGGUUUUGCGGAUUCGACAAUUUUGAAAUAAGUUAUAAGCUUGGCGGAAAUAAAUUUUGUGUUCUAGUCGGUUCAAAUUCACCAAAAAUAACUCCAUUAAUUUAUCGUUAUGACAAAGGCAAAUCUGCCCCCCAACUUUUAUCAAAAAUUGAAUCUGGAACAAAUUUAAAUUCAAUAUCUUGGGCCCCCCAAGGUGGUUGGUUAAUUGUUUAUGGGGCAAGUACUCCUGGAGGUUUAGUUUAUUUUAUUGAUGCUAGUGGACAAACAGAAGCUAAUAGAAUUCGGUCUAUUGAACAUCCUUCGUUAACUAAGGCAUUUUGGGACCCAACAGGACGUUAUUUAGCAAUUUGUUCAUUUGGAGGCAAAAGUCGUUACGAAACUGGUUAUCGAAUUUAUACAUUUCUUGGAAGAGAAAUUUUGCGAAAAAUUGUUGAUUCUUUGUUGCAAUUUAGAUGGAGACCUCGCCCACCAAUUCAAUUAAGUGAACACAAACUUAAAGAAAUUAGAAAGACUUUAAAACAAAAAUCACAACAAUUUGAGGAGGAAGAUAAGAGGGAAUUACUUAAAGUGUCUAAGGAAAUUAUUGAACUUCGUCAAAGUGCAUUGGCUUUAUUCAAAGAAAUUCGACAACGUAGCCAAAAUUAUGAUAUUGAAGAAAGAGAAGAAAAAUUAGCUUUGAGAGGUGGAAAAGAUUUGAAAAAGAUGGAAUUGGAUUUGGUAGAAGAAACAAUUACAAUUGCUUUGAAUACAGAAAUGGAGGAAUUGAAAGAAACAAAUACUGCUAAGGAGAGUGAUGAUAUGGAUUAA